AUGGUACGAUCGGGUGUCAGCAAGAUUGUUCGCCACAAUGCAUCAACGGCCGGUGCAUGGGCGACGAUCAUUUGUACCUGCUGGCUCGGCUACAAUACAUCCGAUCACUCUCCGAACGUCUGCGAACCCGUUUGCUCCGAGGAAUGCACGAAUGGAACCUGCGUAGCACCGGACGUGUGCCGGUGUUUGGAAGGAUACGUUGCCGUGAAUGAAACGUACUGCAUCGCCUUCUGCGACCCACUCACGAUCGACUGCACGUUUGGCAGUUGCGUUGAGCCAAACGUUUGCGAAUGCGAAAUGGGCUACAGUCUGCAGAAUGGCUCGUCUUCGUCCCGGUGUACUCCCGACUGUAGCCAACUCCCCCUGAACGCCGAAUGUACCGCUCCUGAUGAGUACCGUUGUUUGGCCGGCUACGAAUUAAAUGCCACCUACGAUGCUGACCAGUGUAUCCCGGUGUGUGAGCAAGAAUGUAACAACGGAACAUGCACGGCCCCCGAUACUUGCACUUGUUCCGAAGGAUUUAGGCUGGACGGUAACGACACUUGCGUGUCUAUUUGUGAGACCGAUUGCGAAGGACUAACCGGAACAUGCGUUGACAAUCUCUGUCAGUGCUUCGAUGGAUACCACAAUCUGACGAGCAUCUUCCAAUGUUCGCCGAAAUGCGGGGUCUGCCAAAAUGGUGAAUGUAUUGCGCCACAAGUUUGCGCUUGCCUCGAAGGAUACGACUCGAAUGCGACCGGUGUCUGUCAACCGAUCUGCAACAAUUGCACCGAAGGUGCCUUCUGUAAAGCGCCCUACGAAUGUGCGUGCUACGAGGGAUGGGAGGCAUCCAUCCAGGACGGAGACGUCGUAGAGUGUGUGGAACUAAGCAGUUUGGCGGAACGAUCCCAGCAUGACGAUUUCGUCAGCAUCACGUUA